GGCGGCCCAUGAUGCCCCGGAUUGCUCCUGGAUUGUACCCUUUGCAGCUCUGUCAGUUAUAUUAACUGUACAUUCCCUCGCUCUGUGUAUCGCCAGACGUUGACAGUCGACCACGGUUCCCACACAAUGCCGGUUUCGCCCUCUGACUUGCGCGAUUAAAACCUUUGCCGCUUCCAACCAUCGUGGGGCGAACUACGGGUCACGCCUCAACAUUGUGCAUUUGCAUUGUUGCAUUAUUCCCCAGCCUGCUUUAUUCCUUCCUUACUUCAUGAAUCAACAUCCGUCUGUCACUUCACGUCGCUACUCCAACAACAACACGAUCGACACGCUCGUCCGGUAACGCACAACCAAAGCCCUCUGCGGCGAGCGUUCCCACCACCAACCCCCACGCCGACAAAGACCCGCACCUCUGCACCGCCGUCGCGCCUUUCACCAUGGUCCUCUCUAUCCGCUCCAGCGUGGACAGCAUAUCCAGUCGACUGAGUGGCGAGAAGCCCCUGCCUCGACCAACCUACUACUGCCAGAUGAACCCCCAGGAGCAGGCAAUAUGGGCUAUUAUCGGCGAGGAAAAGUACGAAUACAUGCGCGACAUCAAAGGCCGUGUACACAGGCACCGUCUCACCUAUGUUGAGCGCGCUCAGCGCCAACGUGCAUUCUACGACUCGCGUGUCGGCCAUGCGAUUGUCGGUGAUGAGUGGAUGCGAAUGAAGCUCCCAACUCGCCGUGUCCGCUAGCACCCAGUCACACACGACGGACUGGCAUGCUAAACUAGCGCGUCUCACCCAUCAUGUACCGGCACAUGCCCGGCAUAUGUGUACACCUGUCUGCGACAUCGCCAUGGCAGUCUUUUGACGAUUUUCUUUUUGUUUUGAGCGAGUGGCCAUAAUUUAGGAUGACGCCAAGGUCUUUAGGUCACCGUCUCUAUCGUGUUAGAUUUACGACCUUGGCACGUGGGAAGAUACCCGGCAUGCAGAACGGAGUUUAUAUUUCCUUUGUCUCAUUGUAGUCUUCAUUUUGAAGUCUCUCUUCGCUUGCCCUUGGCUUGGAAGACAUACGUAUUAAUACAAAUGCGCA